AUUUUGAGAGCCAUGCGAGUGAUGUAAAUGACCGAGAAGCAAGUGACACCAUGAAGGGGCGAGCCAGCCACACAGUAAAAGGACUCAAACAGUACAAGAUGGUCCUUUUCAUUCAUCUUCUUCUGGACAUUCUCAGUGAGCUGAAAGACCUGAGCCUUCUCUUUCAGAGGGAAGGGCUGACACUACAAAUGGUUUCAGAUGGGCUACAGAAAACUACCUUGGCUCUUGUAGCCAUGCAGACAGUUCCAGGCCAACAUCUACAGGAACUUCUGGAUGAAGUGGGACCCUUUCCUGGGAACACCUUCUCUACUGUGCAGCUCAACAGGAAACGGGUGGAUGAUGAUGACUUCGACAAAGUAAAACAUAAACUUAUAAAUGCCCUCUGUGACUAUGUCACGACACGGUUUGGGAGCCUUAAUGAUGGGGUGUUUAAAGCUGCUGCCACCCUGUUUGACCUUUGCAACUGGCCCGAGCACACCACUGACCUGGCUACUUUUGGCUUGACUGAUCUUGAGACUUUUGUCACUCACUUUCAGAAAAUCCUUGAAGCAUGCACAGAGUUCAAAUCCAUUCAAGAAACCAAACAGGAGUGGCUUGAACUCAAGGUACUUGUGCAUCGACACUUCAAACACCUUGAGCCUCAGGUGUUGUGGCAGAGGCUUCUGCAAGGUGCUGUGGGGAGGCCUGAUCAGUUUCCCCACAUGAAGUUGAUUGUGGAGAUAAUGCUUGUGUUCCCAAUGUCAACUUCUUGCUGUGAGCGAGGCUUCUCCUGCAUGAAAAGGAUAAAGUCUGACUGGAGGGGAUCACUGUCAAACACAACGCUGAAUAGUCUCCUCCACAUCUCGCUACAUGGCCCAGAGGUUGAAGACUAUAAUUCAGAAAAGGCACUCACAAAGUGGUGGCAAAGUAGUCUCCGAAGCCGACGACCAAUGUUCAAAGAUAGUGUGUGAGAGACACUGUAUUUGAUGGGUUACAGAGGGCAGCAGUUCAGUUCUGACAUCGCUAUAUGAUGUUUUUGCUUUGUUAAGUGUUUCAUGUAUUGUGUAUGGGGGAUUGUGUAUGUAUGUGAGAGAGGGCCAAGUGUGUGAGUGAGUAAAGUGUGUGUGUGAGAGGAAGGUCAGUUGUGUAGGAGGGACAGGAGUGCAUAGUGUACAUGUGAGAGGGGUUGUGUGUGUGUUUGUGUGUGAGUGAGAGGAUAUGGGGGGUGGCAGAAAAUUAAUGUUAAUGAGAUGUUCAUGAGAUGU